GAGUCUUUCAAGUAAACAGAGAGAAUGUCUUUUCCAGUAUCUCUUCGAAGAACAAGAGGAAGUAGCUGCUACGGAGUCGAGUUUGGCGGAGACAUCGGGCAAAAGUGCGGCUUCAAAGAGGCCUGAUGAUCCUGAUGAAGUGACGACUCUGCUCUACGACGCUGUGCUGCUGC